CGCACCGGCUCGCUGCCGCCUUCACGGUUUAUCUUGAGAAAGAAAAAAAUAGGAAAAUAAAGCUUGUAUGCAUGUUGCUGGAAAAUUUAAAUAAUGUGAUGCAAUCCUCUGGACGUAUGCGAGUCAAACAGCCGUGAUAUUUUGUUUUGUUGUGGAGGAAGACGUCUCGGUGUUUCAUAGCCUUGUUCCAUUUUUAAAGAGAACCCCUGACUAACAGCAGAGGGAAGGGAGCAUCCUGGAUCGCCUCCCCAUGAAGCUAACUGCCUCCCCUGAAGCGGCUUUCACAUCUGGAUCAAGGACUCCAGUGCACUUUGUCGGGCUCCUGUAGCCCAUCCAUGCCUGUGAUCCCCAUCCCACGGCGGGUGCGCAGUUUCCAUGGCCCCCACACCACCUGCAUGCACUCGGCCUGUGGGUCGGCACACACUUCCAAGCUAGUGCGGACUAAGUACAAUAACUUUGACCUGUACCUGCGCUCACGCUGCAUGUACAGCUUCCUCCGCUUCCUCCUCUACUUUGGCUGCAGCCUGCUGACCUCUCUGCUCUGGGUGUCGCUUUCUGCGCUCUUCUUCCUGCAGUACAUCAGCGUGCGUGUGCUCCUGCGCCUGCAAUACAAGCUGUCUGUCAUCCUGCUUUUGCUGGGGCACCGGCGACUGGACUUGGGUGUGCUUAAUGACCUGAUUAUAUACAGCAUGCAGAUCACCAUGUUUCUGGUGGGGGGACUCGGCUGGUGCUUAAUGGUGUUCGUGGAUAUGUAGCUCUGUCAUGAGAAACAUGAUAAAUGUGGCGUGUGAUGUGAAAGUUUUGCACUCAAAUACUUAUAUUUGACUCGGCUCUAGUCAGAAAAGGCGCAAAAUCUCAUUUGGUUUAUUGUAGAUAAGGUUAAAAUCCAAUAAGAAGCAUCAGAAGCAUUGAUGCGAUCUUUAAACCAGUCUGCGUGGCUUAAACAUAGUUGUUCUUUUAAAAAAUGUCAGUCCUACAUACUUCAGAGAAGUUAGAAAUGUCAAAAAUGAGAGUGAGACUUGUGACUUUAUAUGAAGUUAUUCUUGUAUUUUGUGCCAUUUGUAAAACGUCUUAAUGGACUUUAAAGGACAUCUCAUCUAGGAAUGUGUUUGUUGCAUGGAGGAGUGACUUAACAGAUGACUGAUGUGCAUCGUGACUGUGGAUGCAGGUCAGUGAUCUGUGUCACAAAAAAGUCAUGCUAGAGCACAAAGUGGAUGUCAUGAUACUGUGUAUGAAUCGGUGCAUUUAACUGAUGUAGUGUAUAAAUAAAAUUACAAUGUAAAAUAGAAAGCACAGUUUAAAAAAAAAAAAAAAAGAAGUUGACUGACUCCACCUGAUAAAUAGAAAAAAAAACUUCCCUGGAUUCAAAUUUGGCCACUGUCUGUCGAUUUGGUGCUUGAACCCUUUGCACACUCCUGUGAUUUUUAGAAUUCUCCUUGGAAGUCUUGUUCCCACCCGAAUCUGGGAUGUGCACUGGAUCUUCUUCACUAUGUCAAAACAGUGACGCUUUACUCUGAGUUAGAGUUUAAGGAAGCGUUCAAAGUAAUAAAAAUCCAAAUCUGGUGAGGAGGGCAGACGGAAAGCCACAACUGUGUUGGUAUGACCAAAAAAAACCCAGCUUUGAGGUCGCUUGUGCUGAAUGUCCUCCCUUAGACAGCUUAAGACAUUACAGUACAUAUUUCUGUUGACAGUCUGACUCCUGGGGGAGGGGAGAGGAGGCGAACUCAUGGUGCACAACCUCGUGAGUGACAGGAAAUAAGCAACACCUGUGCUCCUAGUUGCAACCAGCCUUCAGGCUUGGUCUCAUAGCUAGAUGACAGAUGAUGACACAGGUAUUGACGUUCCCUGUCUGCGCGAGUUUAAAGCCCGUGGAGGGGGGCGAGUGUUUAAAACGUAGGACUUCCAGAGAGCAAUCUGAAAAUAGCAGGAGUCCUGUAAGUGAUGGAGAGGUGAACAAGAAGAUGGCAGUGGCCAAAUUAAAAUCAGGUAAGGUGUUUUGGGAGUUUUUUGCCUUGAAUGUGCUGCAUCAGAAAGUUUUUGUUGUGUUUUUUAUAUGUUUUGGGCAAAAUAGGGCAAAGGGUAUAGCCUGAGUCACAAACAUUUUUUUUUUUAAAGCUGUUUAAUAAAUUCUUUUUUGUCCAUGA